GCGACCCCACCUUCAGUCGCAGUGCUCCCGCCGCGAUGUCCCGUCCGGUGGCUUUCGCCUUGGCCGCGCUCGCAAUCGCGCUCAUCUUCCUGCCAGGCCUGGAUGCCAUCCAGCGUGCUCCAACUGUCCAAGUGUACUCACGUCACCCGGCAGAGAAUGGAAAACUUAACUUUUUGAACUGCUACGUGUCUGGGUUUCAUCCACCCCAGAUUGAAAUUGAGCUACUGAAGAAUGGAGUGAAGAUAGACAAAGUGGAGCAGUCAGACCUGUCUUUCAGCAAGGAUUGGUCUUUCUAUCUCCUGGUCCACACGGAAUUCACCCCCAAUGAUAAGGAUGAGUAUUCCUGCCGUGUGAAGCAUGUCACUCUCAACCAACCCAUGGUAGUCAAAUGGGACCGAGACUACUAAUCAGCAGCAUGGAGGUUUAAAGAUACCUCAAUUGAACUUCAACAAUUCAAGAUUCUUUUUAAUGCUGAUACAUUUAACAUACCAAAUUAUGAUAGAUUCGCUGGGG